CCGGGGUGAGAAGAAGUGAUUGUCAAAAUGCUUUAAUGAAUUACAAUAGUGGAGACCCUGACAAUGACCAAAACGAUGGUGUGAAGCUUGCAUUGCUCCAUGUGCUGUCACAUGGUUUGUUUGGAAACCACACAGCAAGAGAAUUACCAGCAAUGUAUGUGAAUUUGGUUGAAAACUUGGAUGAUUUCAAUGAAUAUCCAUGGGGGGAUGAUGUCUGGGCUGAGUUGGUGGAUAACAUGAGGACCAAUGCCAAGAGUUUAAAGAAAUGUAAAGGGACACGCGUCACACUGACAGGAUGUUUAAUUGCCAUACAAGUUUGGGCAUUUGAAACCUUCACAGGACUGGCCAAGGCAGAUAUAUGCAGUGUGAUUGAAGGGCGAGAGACUCGAAUACCAAGGGCUGUGAAGUGGGAAUUUGUAAAAAAGCCAUCACUGGAAGUUUCGAGCAAAAUCAUUUUCAAGAAUGAACAGUUUGAGUGGAAAAGGAUGGAGCCUACAAAUGUGGAAGGUGAACAUUUUCCAAUUUUACUGUCCAAGCAAAUGAGAAGUUCUGUGAGGAGGAGUAAUCCUGGAAUUGCUGGGGGAUAUAGGAUUGAUGGGGUGAAGGUAUUUCAGAAAAUAGAGAAGAGGGUAAAGACCAAAAGUGCAGCCACAGUUUUGGAAAAGGCCAAAAACAAAAAGUUGGAAGAAAAAAUGGAAAUUGAGGA